GGCUGCCCGAAACCAGGCUGAGAAAUUACGGGCAGUGAGUCAGUCAGUCACCCAAACACACCAGUAUUCUCUCUCUCUCUCUGAUAUAUAAUUUUUUUUUCUAUAUCUUUGGUGUCUCUGUGUCUCUACGAUCACGAUCCGACGGUCCAAAAUGAAAGGAGCAACUCACGCUUGUUUCUCCAUGUUUUAGAGGCUGAAACUUCCAGAUCUGCUCUACUUGUGUUCAGAUCUUCAUUUCUGGUUUUAUUUUUUAUUUGUUGUAUUUCCACUCAAAAUGGAGACCAACUACGGCCCAGUGACAGUUACGCUUGGCAACGGUGCGCUAACGUGCGCGGGUGAGGCAGUGACGUGUUUGCUUGUCUCUGCUUUGGUCAAAGCUCAGCUUUUAGCUCAGGAUCUUACUGUAUUACUGCUGACUAACAAACCUAGGAUGAAAGGAGAUGACAUGCACAGCCAGGACAAGCCAAUUGAUGCAGGUGGAGAUGAUGAUGAUGAUGGGGAUGAUGAUGAUGAAGGAGAUGGUGACUUUGGAGAAGGUGAGGAAGAAUUGUCAUCCGAUGAUGGAGCAGACCAUGGCAAAAACCCCAACAACAAUAAAAGCAACACAAAGAAGAGUGCAGAUGGUGGAGCAGGUGGGGCUGAAGAGAAUGGAGAAGAGGAAGAUGAUGAUGAAGAAGAAGAAGAUGGUGAAGAUCAAGACGACGACGAUGACGACGACGACGAUGAUGACGAUGACGAUGAUGGUGGGGAAGAGGAUGAGGAAGAGGUGGAGGACGUAGAGAAUGAAGAAGAAGAGGAGGAUGAAGAAGAGGAAGCUCUCCAGCCUCCAAAGAAGAGGAAGAAGUGAAGUAAAGGAAUGGUAGUGGCUCCUCAGAAACCUGUUUAUCUAACUUUAUGGAUCUACUUAGAGUAUGAGGCAGCCUGUUUAGGAUAAUGUUAUGCUGCAAAAUUGUCUUAUUUUGGAUGCAUGAUUAGAGUACUCUAGAAACUCUGAGCUGCGGCAAUGAUUAAUUCCAGAAAAAUGUGAUGAUGAUUAUGAUCUUAAAAACAUUUAGUCAGCUUA